GCAGCUGAACUGCUCUUGGCCCUGCUGCUCUUUCUCAGUGCCUCUCUGAACCAGAGAUCUGGCUGUCGCAUUGCCCUCUAGUCGCAUUGCUUUGUGUGUUGUCUGUCCAGCUCAACUCUGUCUGUAGUCAGUGCCUCUAUAGUGGGAGGUACUGUUUACAGGGCAGGGUCAGCUUCUGGGAAGGAGUCAUCAAAACACUUUGUGCUGAGGCUGCUCAAGACCAGUGCGUUUUGUUUCUGCUGCAGGUAUAGCAGACAGAGAAAUGCUGAAAGGGGGUUCCGCCAAGGUGGGGCUACCCAAGCCAGGGCUUCAAGAGAGGGCCAGGCAAGUCUCCCUCGCCCUCUCUACCACCACUUCCACCACAGCUACAGGCAUCAAGACAUCCAGGUCCUCCAACACCCUGGCCACAGACUUGCGCCUCAGCAGGCUGAAGAGAGCCAGUAGUGAUGACACCCUGGCCAAGCCUGCCCUGGGGGCAGUAGCCACAGGCUCCCGAAUGAAGAAGACUGUCACUACAGGGGCCAUCUCUGACCUGGCCGACGCGAGACCUCGCAGCCUCUCAGGUGUUCAAUCAGGAUCUAAGAAGUCUGGAAUCCCUGCCCCCAGGGAGAUCCCCUCCACCAUGACCAGAGACCGCGUGUCGCUGAGGGACCAGUUGAGGACCUCCACGAACAAGAAGAUGGUCCCCAGCACCAGCACCUCCAGCCUGGCCACCCUAGCAACCAAGCACCAGCGCGGCUCCACCACCAUAAAGCCCAGGAUAGACGCUGAGGGCUCGGAGAGAGGCUUCCUGGAGUGCCAGAUAAAGGAGCUGCUGGCUGAAGCCAAGGCGAAGGAGUUUGAGAUCAGCAAGCUGAGGAUGGAGCUGCAGCGCUGCCGGGGGAAAGCCUCGUCGUCCUCGCCUCACAACACCCCCUCCACUCUACCUGAGGGUGCCCCCGAGCAGGGCCUAGGCCCAUCCCAGCAGGCUACAGACGCCCAGGCCCUGGUUGGAGAGCUGAGGGAGAAGAACGGGAAGUUCCAGAGGGAGCUGGCGGCUCUGAGGGAGGAGAACCAGGUCCUGAAGGAGAAGCUUUUCUCCCUGGAGUCCUCGCCUGCCUCUCCUCUAUCCAACAACACUACCACCACCACCAGCCCCUCCAAGCACUCCAUCAAUGGCCUCUCUUUAGACAACAACACCACUCCCCCAGCCAAGACAGCCAUACCCAGCCCACUCAAAACCUCAGUCUCCUCCAGCAGUGACAUCACCAAAGGCUCGCCCUCGCCAGACUCCUCAGAGUUUGAGAAGAUCCCGUCGCGGUCUGACUCAGUGAGCAGCAGCGAUGGGGGCUGUGGUGGUGUAGGGGUUGUAGGUGUGGGGAAGGGUCAGGGUCACGACCCCUCAGUGGAGAGGCUGAUGGAGCAGAUCCAGAAGAUGGAGGAGAGUCAGCACAGCACGGCAGAGGAGCUCCAGGCCACACUACAGGAGCUGGCCGAUCAGCAGCAGGUGGUCCAGGAGCUGACGGCUGAGAACGAGCGCUUGGCCCAGGAGAAGGGCCUCCUACAGACGUCGCUGCAGCAGCAGAGGGAGAGGGUGGAGCUGCUGGCCCAGAAGAACGAGGCCCUGGUCGGGAGGCUGCAGGAGGCAGCCCAGGCCCAGAGCGGGGACGAGGACCGGGCAGCCGAGCUGGAGCAGCGCUACACUGACCUGGUGCAGAGCUCUCGCUUCGAGAGGGAAAAGCUGGUGGACAUCCAGCAGCAGCUGACAGGGAGCUUGAGGGCCCUGGAGCAGGAGCACCAAGAGGCCCAGGGGCAGGUGAGGUCCCUCAGAGAAGAGAGGGACGGCCUCCAGUGCCGGGUGGAGAGGGAGGAGGAGGCCGGGGGUGAGAUGACACGGGCGGCUGAGGAACACAAGGCGGCAGCGGACGCCCUGAGGGUGAAGAACGGACGGCUCAAAGCCCAGGUGGACAUAGAGAGGCAGAAGGUUGGGGAACUGAAGGCCAUGCAGAGUGCUGGGGACAGCACAGAGCUGCAGAGGCUGCUGAAGGUGGCCCACGCUGAGAGAGACAGACUGGAGGGGGAGGUAACAGGGCUACAGCAGGAGCUGCUACAGGCCCAGACCAACACUGAACACGCCCAGGGACUGCUGUCCAAGGUGGAGGCUGAGUGCCAGCAGGUGGCAGAGCGAGCCGGGAGCCGGGAGGAGGAGCUGAGUGGCCGGGUUAGUGCCCUAGAGAAUGGGGGUCGGCAGGCCGACGGCCAGAUCAAGGACCUGAAGGAGACCAUUUUUGAGCUGGAGGACCAGGUGGAGCAGCAGAGGGCUGUCCACCUCCACACCAACCAGACCAUCCUGGACCUAGAGAACCAACUCAAGAAGCUGGAGGAGCAGAAGGCUGAAGUGGAGAGGCAGCUGAAGAUCUUGAGUAAGCAGAUGAAGGAUGAGACGGAGGAGUGGCGACGGUUCCAGGCAGACCUCCAGACAGCCGUAGUGGUGGCCAACGAUAUCAAGGUGGAGGCCCAGCAGGAGAUCCGCUCUUUGAGGAGGAGGUUACAGGAGGAGCAGGGUCGCAGCGCAAAGCUCUCCUCAGACCUGGAGCAGCUGCAGGGAGUCAGACUUGGGGCUGGAGCCAGUUUUGAUACCAAGACUGCAGUAGAGGGGCGGUAGAAAAGUCCAACCACAACACAUCUGGACCCUCUGAAGACAGACUGACAGUAUUAUUGUACAGAGUUGCUUUAUUCAGUACUACCAUAAAAACAGUUAUGUGGUAUGUAAUUCUGAUGGGUUUAUUAGCAAGGUUGGUUUACCAGACAGACAGAGUCAGUCUGUCGUUUACUGUUAAUCCAAUCUAUUGUGAAACAGCACUUGGCUGCCAAAUUAACACAUUUGUUUGUGAAAUAUUUCUAAAAUGCUGUACACCUUUUUAUCUGUAUUGUUUGCAGUGCUUUCAGAUGUAUUUGUGUUGAUGAAUCUCUCCUCUCUGUCGGUCAAGAGAGGGGACUGAUGAUAAGAUAGGAGGGGUUUCUGUUACUGAUUCCUAUUUGCUUUUGUGCCUUUUAGACACUUAAAUUGCCUCAGUGGUGAAUUUUCACUUACUCAAUGUGUUGCUAAAGAAGAGUCACUGAUUUGUUAAGAAAACAAAUGAUGAGAAUGAGACAUAUUUUUGUUCAGUUCUCUGAAAAAAACUGAAGCCAAAACAGUCUGUUUACCAGCUGUACGCUGCCAGUUAUCAUUAUGAGUCAGAUUAUUUUCUUCUGUUAGGCUUCAUUACUUUGUUUCAGGCCAAGUGCAACUUAAAAAAGCUAAACAGAAAAAAUGUCAAGUUAUUUUUGUUGAUCACAGCUGGUUUUAUUGGUCUUUUGGUUUAUAAUUGUUCUAGUAAGUUGUGCAUCUGUGGUUAUUAUUAUGAUCCGUUUCAUAUAACUGACCAUUUGGAAUAUCUGUUACUUCAAAAAGUGCUUGGAUGAUAUUGACGUUUUUUUAUGGUAAUAAUCAACAAUCAGUUCACUUUAAGUUUCAAUUCUUUGAGAGUUUUUACGGCUACUUAGAUGCAGUCAUGUACUGUAGUUGGAAGGGGAAAACAAUAUUUUAGCAUACAUUUUCAUUGGGUAUUUCAUUUGCACCUUGUGUUAAAAAUCUGGAUCAGAUAAUGUGGUGUGAUAAUGUAUCUCUAGAUGGCGUUAUUUACCAGAAUAUCAAGAAUGGCAAACCAUCAAUAACCUGCGCUGGUCAGUAGUCCUACGUUGUGUGUGUAAUCACUGAGCUACAGUUGAAGUCCAGCUCACCAGUUUGAGUUCUGCCUACAGACAAAAACACUGAACCACAGACAGUAUAUUAUUACAUUAUCACUGGUCAUUAUCACGUUAUCACUAAUAAUGUCCUCUCAGGAAGGACACUGUGAAUUUAAGCCAUAAGGGUAAUCAACUGCUGAUCACUGAUCAAUUCAAACAGUCCUCUGCCUCAGAUUUACAGCCGUGCCUAAAACUCAUUAUGAACUGGCCUAACUCAUCAAAAUGUCCUGUAGUUCUAGAGGCCAUAAUAUUCCACUCUGAACUUCAGGGAGCUAAAAGCAUUGUGAAGGUUUUAUCACUCAUUCUGAAGUAUUUCUAAUGCAACCCCAUCAGGUCAAAUAAAAAGCCUCUCAUUUCUGAUGACUGCUUCAGGGUAGACGUCAGAUCGUUGAAGUGAUGCUGGCGUCGUGACACCUAUUAGAAGUGUAUAAUGACCAACUGCCAUCCUGUAAACCUCAGGUUAUAGUGAUUAUUAUUACCUAGUAACAGGACUAUUCAGUAGAUGCAGUCAUACACAAGCCAUUGUUUUCGACCAGAGACAGAUAGAUGUGCUGGUUAAGUUUAACUUUGAAUACUAUCGAUAUUGCCAAAAAAGGCCACCUCAUCGUAAGACAUAUGGUGCUAACUGUGUUGAUUUCCUUUUCUCUGCCUUUGAUUUAAAGCCAUGCUCAACAGUUCAACAAGUGAAUGUGCAACAGUUUGAUGUUUUAUUUUAGGUGAAAUCUUAUUGAGACUUGGACUCUGGUUUUAAUACCUGUGACAUAUCAAAAAUACAAUACUAUUUAUCUAGAGAAAUAGUCAAUAUAAGGUGUUUGUCUGUCUGUUUAAAAGUAUUUUGUAUUUGUUCAUUGGAAAGUCAAUAAAUGAAAUGACUCUA